GAAAGGCAAACUAUAAAAAAUAAUUUUAGAAAAUGGAAGAUUCCUUGAAUUUUGAAGACAUUCCUAUUGUUUGGCCGAAAAAUUUACCUCAGUUGAAAAACAUCGACGACCGUCUCCAUUGUCCCAUUUGCUACAACUACAUGAUAAAUCCUGUGAUAUCGACUGCUUGCUCACACAAUUUUUGCUCACGAUGCAUACGAAACAACAUAAGUUUAAAGAACAGCUGCCCAAUUUGUUUCAUUGACAUUUCUGAUGGAAUGCUGCGCCCCAACCGUUGCCUUGAAGAAAUUAUAAAGUGCUUUCAGCCCGUGAAGAGUUAUAUUUUGAAAUCUCUUGUGGAUAAAAUUCCCAUCACUGGAGAUGAAAAUUUGGAUGAAAAUCAUCCUAUAGAAACCACAAAAGACAAUAUUCUACCAUGUUCUUCAUCUGCAAGUGGCUCUCUGUUAGAUGGUGAAGGACCUCCUAAAAAGAGUUCAGAUCUUCUUGUACCUAGCUUUGAAUAUCAACUCCCACAAGCAGCUGAUAAAUUAGACCUGGACAAAAGCACCCCUGCCACUGAUACUCAGCAAUCUCCAAUGGCUUCAUGCAGUCAGUCUAGGAAAUCUAAAUCAAGAGCUAGUGUUCAUCAACAGUCACAAAAUACCACACACAUUAUAAAAGAAGUUCCUUGUCCAGUGUGUAAUACAUACAUGAGAGAGAAGCUCAUAAAUGUACACCUGGACUCUUGCUUGGAAAAGACUAAACCUGCCAAGAGGAAGCCCAUGCCAAAGAUGAUAUAUAAUCUAAUGAAGGAUCAGGAGUUGAGAAAAAAGCUCAGAGAGUUAGGGCUGAAUGCGUCUGGUGACAAAACCACUUUGAUUAAUCGACAUAAAAAAUUUACUAUUCUUUACAACUCCGAAUGUGACGCCACAGAUCCAAGACCCGUUGAGGAACUGAAAGCCAUAUUUGAACAAGAAGAAGCAGAAAGCCGUCGAUUAGCAAACGAAUUGCGUUGUGCUCCUGCAAAAGUUAAAACAAAUGAUGUGAGAAAAAUCGAAGAAGAAAACCUUCAGUAUUUGAGGAACAAUAAAGAGAGCUACGACCGCCUCAUCAAUGAAAUUCGACAGCGUCCAACAUUGGCGGUUCCGUCUUUACGAUUGCCUGCAGAACCAAUACCCGUUCAGGUUAAAAGUGAGCCUCUAAAAGAAGAACAUAACAGUGAAGACGAGGUGACUGAAAUAUUUGUACCUCCAAAGGUCUUUGAGAUGAUAUGUUUAUCUGAUAGUAGUGAUAAUGAUGAGCCGGGUGGAGCACGGGCAGUGUCGUCUGCGGAAACAACUGAUCCUGAUUGCGUCAAUUCUAGACCAUCAUCUUCCAACGAUUCUAUCCCGGAUCCCAUGGAAUCUGGCUGUUCUAAAGACAGUAGUUGCCUAUCAAUCAGCGGUCAAACUAUCACGUUGUCGACUACUGGAUCUAGUGACCAUAAUUCCACAUCGCCGACGUGCUAUAGUCCAGUUGAUGAGUCAUCAAAUGACUUGUUUGAUCACGGAAACAACGGCAUUCCUACUCUUCCGUUAGACAACACGAAGUUUAAAAAAUCCAACAAAAGAUCAAAGUCUCCAACACCGGACAUUUCCCAACGCAGAAUGUCAUUGAGACGAAAAUUGUAAUUAGAGCUAUAUAAUUGUAAAUAACUUCUCACCGUCAUGUUUGUUCCAAUUAUGAUUUUGCCUACUUUGCAUGCCAGUCAUUUGGUUAAAAAUUUUAUUUUUCGAUCGAGAUCAAUUGCACAAAUUUCUUAAGGAAAUCGACGAAAAAUUAAUUGGCAUCUGAUUUAAAAAAAAAAAAGUGAAAUACACCUGUGUUAAUCGUCAAAAA